AUGUCUCGACGUAGUGCUCGACUACACGAACAGGAUGCAUUCGCAAGAGAGACUGAAAGACAAAGAGAACUGGAUCAAGAUGUUGCAAGACUCAGUCCAUUCUUUCAGAGAAUGCUUCCAGGUCCUGAAACAAGUACUCCGAGAUCUCAAAGGAAUCGAGAUAGAUUGAUGAGGGCUCCAAGAUCUGAGCCAUCACCGAUAGAGAGGGAGAGAAAUCAGUAUAUUCGUCAUGUAUUCAGAACUGAAACUCUGAGAAGAUCACCGAGGAGACUGAUGGUUCCGCCGGUGACUCCGGUUAGGAGGAGAAACUCAAUGAUCCAAACUCUCUACCCGAUGGACCCUCCAUCUCCAACAGAAUCUGAAGAGAACACUCCAACUCAAUCCCGGCAAAACAGCCCGUCCCCUCCAAGAUCCCCUGUCCCAGAACCCAGAGAAACCAAUCUAAUUCCUCCCCCUAAUAGUCCAGAAUCAGGAAUUCCGAAGCGUUGGGAAAGACUUGCUGAGGAUAACAUAAAUAUGGGAUUCGGAUUUGCUCUUUCUUGGAUUAACACUAUCAAAUUUUCAAGGCUUGAAGCGGAGGAAAGAAUCAUUCUGCCUAGAAUUUAUCGUCAUGUUCCAAGGAAAUCUCUCAUGUGUCUUCUGGCGCACAUGAAUGUAGAUGAGACUGUUUUUCAUCAUGUCGAAGUGAAAAUGAAGUCAGAGAUGAAUAUGAGGAAAACCUUCGCAGAAUUCGUCAAACUCCCAAUCCCAUUUCAUCGACUCCGUCUCAAAGUUGACAAAUAUGCAGAAGUUCCGAUAAACCAAGGAAUUGUCGAUAAGUUCGAGCCUGUUGAGUAUUUUCGAUUGGAUACAAAACUUCCGAAUCUUUGGAUUCUUCAUCAAAUCGUGAAUCAUGGCCCAAAAGUUGACGAAUACAAAAAGCCGCGUCCACCAAACUUCGAGAAGGCCAAGAAGGGUCGGGAAGACUUUUAA